AUGUCGUCGUCGGUGGCGGGUGGCGGGUCCGGCCCGGUCGUCCUCUCCUCCCAACCCUCGUCAACGGUAGUCGAUGGGAGUGAAGGCUUUCCGUCUGGAGGUACAGCAGCACAUGUCGAGGCUGCAGAGGCUCGGACAGCAGAUGCAGAGGCUCGGACAGCAGAUGCAGAGGCUCGGGCAGAGGCGGCAGAGGCUCGGGCAGAGGCGGCAGAGGCCGAGGUGGCGCGGAUCCGAACAGAAGCAGAGGCGGCAAAGAAGGCGGCUGGUGAGGCCGAGGCGACGGUGAACAGGCUCAAGGACCAGAUCGCAGCAGUGAGAACAGAAGCGGCCAAGGCGCGUGGGGCAGCGGCCGAGGAGGAGGUGGACAAGGCCACCAUAUCGAGAUUGCGCGGGCAGAUCCGCUCGCUGCAGGCCACCAUCAAGGUGCUGGAGGCCGCAGAGGCACCGCACUCGCAGCCGGUGACCGCGACCGCGGGCGAUGCGGCGAGCGGCUCGGCCGAGGAAAAGCUGGAAAAGAUGGGUAAGGCGCUGCACUCGAUGCGGGCACACCUGCUACAGUCGCGGAAGGAGAACACCAAGCUGCAUGCGCAGCUGGACCGGUUCCUCACCCGCGACUCGCUCGUCGAUUUGCACAACCGCAUUUCGCAGCUCUCGGCCCAGCUGGAGGAGGUUACCAAGGAGAAGCGGACGCUGGAGUCUGCGCUCCGCAAGGCCACUAUGACUCGCAGCUCCGAGGCCCGCUCGCCGCUCCGAGAGCCAGCAGAUACGCGCGGCUCUGUUCCGCCACCACCACGCCGCGAAGGCCGGCCGUCGUCACGCUCCGAGGCCCGGGCGCUGCGAGCGCAGGCCGCUGCGCUUCGUGACAAAGUCAAGCACGAGCGUGAGAUUGCGUCUCGGGCGCAGACCAAUCUCAUUGCAGCGCAGGCUGUGCUGACCGACCUUGCGCUUGCACUUCGCGAUGCCGGCGAGUCCGCACUCCCACUUGCUGGCUCCGAGUCUGCCGACCCCGCAGCCGCCGUCGCCGCCGUUGUCCGCGUCGUCCGCGCCAAUGCCAAGUAUAAGACCGCGCUCGACGGCGCCAAAGAGGCUCGCGCCAAGACCAUCAGCCGCGCCCGUAGCCACAUUCACUCGCUCCGCUCGCGGCUCACCGCCACCCACACCGCGGUCCGCUCGCUCUACCGCGCCAUCAAGGCCGGCGGACUCGCCCGCAAGCAGGCACUCGAUCCGGCAGCGCUCGUCGGCACGCUCCGCAAGCUCCUUGUCGCCACCAAACCCCCGCCGACCCAGCAGGCGGCCCGGACCUCGCCUGACUUGUCCGAGCGGUCGGCCGUGUCGCUCACACCGGCCUCGAUCCGCGCCUCGCCAUCGCGGCGGACGCCCGACUCGUAGGCAGUAAAGAGCCACUGGUGCG